AUGGGUGGUAUGCAGGAAAGAAUUACAACAACAAAAAAAGGGUCUAUUACUUCUGUGCAAGCUGUAUAUGUACCUGCUGAUGAUUUAACAGAUCCAGCUCCAGCCACCACAUUCAGGCAUAAAAAUAUUUAUUUGUUUACUAUGACAUUUCAUUUAGAUGCAACCACUGUAUUGUCACGUUCCAUUGCAGAGUUGGGUAUUUAUCCAGCUGUAGAUCCGCUUGAUUCAAAAUCACGUCUAUUGGAUCCUAGAGUAGUAGGUGAAGAACAUUAUAGAGUUGCCACAGAUCAAACUGUCGAACGUGCAAGAAAAAUUCAAAGAUUCCUGAGUCAACCAUUUGCUGUUGCACAAGUUUUCACUGGUUAUGAAGGGCGUCUUGUUAAAUUAAAAGACACCAUUCGUUCAUUCAAAGAAAUUUUAGAAGGAAAAUGCGAUGAUUUACCUGAAGCUGCUUUUUAUAUGGUCGGUGAUAUUGAUGAUGCAAGGAAGAAAGGAGAAGAUAUUGCAAGAGAAAUGGCUAAUCAAUAA